CCUCUUUUAUAAAUCAAACCCGAAACAUCUCUUCUCCUUCUCAAAUCGAAAUACAAUCUUCUCAAUUCUCUCUCUCGAAUUACGAUCAAGAUGCAGAUCUUCGUUAAGACACUCACGGGAAAGACGAUCACCCUUGAGGUGGAAAGCUCUGACACGAUCGACAAUGUUAAAGCCAAGAUUCAAGACAAGGAGGGUAUUCCUCCGGAUCAGCAGAGGCUUAUCUUCGCCGGAAAGCAGCUCGAGGACGGGAGAACCCUAGCUGAUUACAACAUCCAGAAGGAGUCGACUCUACAUCUCGUCCUCAGGCUACGUGGUGGCAUGCAGAUCUUUGUCAAGACCUUAACGGGAAAAACGAUCACACUCGAGGUGGAGAGCUCCGACACCAUCGAUAACGUCAAGGCCAAGAUACAAGACAAGGAGGGAAUCCCGCCUGACCAGCAGCGUUUGAUCUUUGCCGGCAAGCAGCUUGAGGAUGGUCGUACAUUGGCCGAUUACAACAUUCAGAAGGAGUCUACUCUUCAUCUCGUGUUACGUCUGCGUGGAGGCAUGCAAAUCUUUGUCAAGACGUUGACUGGUAAGACCAUCACACUGGAGGUCGAGAGCUCCGACACGAUUGAUAACGUCAAGGCCAAGAUCCAAGACAAGGAAGGCAUCCCUCCAGACCAGCAGCGUCUCAUCUUCGCUGGAAAGCAGCUUGAGGAUGGUCGCACCCUAGCCGACUACAACAUCCAGAAGGAGUCUACCCUUCACUUGGUGUUGCGUCUCCGUGGUGGCUUUUAAAGUCUCUCGUUCUGUGUCUGCCUUUUUUAGUCUCGUUUUCUUGAAAACUUAUCAUGGUUUUAUAAAGCCUCUUAAAUAAUUGAUUUGAGGCAUUAUAAAGCCUCUUAAAUUAUUGAUCUCUCUUUCUCUUUC